AUGUCUAAUUAUUACUUUGUUAUUGUGGGUGCAACUGAUAACCCUAUCUAUGAGUCUGAAAUAAUUCCGUCAUCUCGCUCUUCUGCUUUUAUUGAUUCUUCAAGAGAAGAUCAUAAACAUUUGAAUCAGUUCAUUAUACACGCUGCACUUGAUGUCGUAGAAGAAUAUCAGUGGAAUGUUCAAGCCAUGUACUUAAAGUCGAUUGAUCGAUUCAACGAAUACUAUGUAUCUUGCUUUGUCACAGCAGGCAAUGUAAAGUUUAUGUUACUACAUGAUCAAAAAUCAGAAGAUAGUAUAAAGUCAUUUUUCACUGAAAUCUAUGAAUUGUACAUAAAGAUACUGAUGAACCCAUUUUAUGAAAAGAACGCGCCCAUCGCAAACCCUUCAUUUGAUAACAGAGUCAAAUUGGCAGCAAGAAGAUUUCUUUAA